UGCGAGGUGGCCCACUUCAUGCGCCGGAUGUCACGGAAUGGAGGAAGUGGUGAUCCUUGUAGUGCAUCAAUUGCGAUUUUGCCGGAGGAAGAUGGUGGUUGUAUAUCGCGGAAGAUUAUAGACAGAAAGGGAGUACAGUCAAAGGAAAUAUUGGAAGAGAUUUGUCAUUGAUCGAGAGAGUGUGGGAAGGUUAACGCAUGCGCUAGGGCAAGUCUCCAAGUAACUGUAGGCUUUACCCUUCCUCUCAGUCCCAGUCCAACUUAUUCCCCGUGUAUGGCCUAUUUCUCCUCGGUCGGUCCAUCUAGCUGGGAAUUGUGCUUAACUAUAUUGUUCUCGUGCGGUGUUAUUUACGAUUAUCUCCCGCUUUCUCGCUCCUCCCGCUUCCAUUCGGAGGAUUUACGUCGAAGUACCGCCCAAGUUCAUGUCCUUGUCGCUGGCUUGUGCGGGUGCCACGUCGGUGCAGUCUCCUCAUUGAACGCUCAUUCCCUUCUCUUUUCCAGUUCAGGCCAAAGAGAGAAAGCUUAAAGGUGAUGAUCGUGAUCAUGAUGGCGGAUCAUACCUGCCUUAGCCAUCUCUGAGUUUUCCCAUAUUUUCUCACUCGUGAACUUCUGGUGUGACUUAUAAGAGGUUCUAGUCAUGGAUAUAAAACUGUUGCACAAAAGUAAUACGUUGAGUUCUCUGGCGAAUGGGGGUCAGAAGUUGGGUUCAUGGUUCUCUCAUGCCUUGGGUGCUGGUGAUCGAAGACGAAAACAAAGUGUACCUCCCAUGAAAGUCUCCAAAAGCAUCACCCUCGGUGUGGUGCAAGAGCAUCCGAGGAUCGGAUCGGAUGGAGAAUCGGAGGAGGCAUCGGGAGCAAGCGACGAAAUUGUCUCUCCAGUCAACGUGAAACUCCGACCAAAGACCCGGCGACACAAUUCUGAAUUGGACAUCAACAAGAGGCUGAGUCUGCCUGCAGAUCUCCGAAUUCCCGAAUCGUUCCGCCUGAAUCCUUCCUUCCUCGAUGGACCUAUAUCUCGUGCCACUCGUCGCCAGUCCCUGUCCGAGAUCGGGUUCGGCAAAAUGGAGACCUAUACCAAGCUCGACAAACUCGGAGAGGGUACGUAUGCCACGGUUUACAAGGGGAAGUCCCGGUUGACAGAUGAAUUGGUUGCUCUGAAAGAGAUUCGAUUGGAGCAUGAAGAAGGAGCGCCAUGUACUGCCAUCCGGGAAGUCUCUCUCCUCAAGGACCUCAGGCAUGCCAAUAUUGGUCUGUAUUCCCAUCUUUUCCCUUCCCAUCAACAAUUUAAUCAAUGCAACUUUUGUGCUAAUGGGAUCAUCAAUUCUGUUGCAGUCACUCUGCAUGACAUCGUCCACACGGAGAGAUCCCUAACCUUGGUCUUCGAAUACCUCGAGAAGGACCUCAAGCAGUAUAUGGAUGAUUGUGGAAAUGUCCUCAGUAUGAACAAUGUCAAGAUCUUUUUAUUUCAACUCCUACGUGGCCUUGAAUAUUGUCAUCGGCGGAGAGUCCUACAUCGAGACCUCAAGCCUCAAAACUUGCUCAUCAAUGAACGUGGAGAGCUCAAGUUGGCAGAUUUUGGCCUGGCUCGAGCCAAGUCCGUCCCGACCAAGACCUUCUCCAACGAAGUGGUCACAUUAUGGUAUCGGCCUCCCGACGUCCUCCUCGGCUCCACUGAGUAUUCCACCCCCAUUGACAUGUGGGGAGUGGGUUGCAUCUUUUUUGAGAUGGCAGCUGGGCGUCCCUUGUUCCCUGGUUCCACAGUUGAAGAUGAAUUGCAUCUGAUAUUCAAGACCUUGGGCACACCCACAGGAGAAACAUGGACAGGGAUCUCCACACAUAAAGAAUUCCAGUCAUAUUCCUUCCCAACGUACCAGCCGGAACCUCUGAUCAAUAGGGCGCCGCGUCUCGAUGGAGACGGAUUAGACCUUCUCAUCAAAUUCCUCUUGUAUGAAGCCAAGAAACGGAUCUCAGCCUGGGAUGCCAUGCGACAUGCCUACUUCCGCUCCCUCGGCCCCAACAUCCAUAAGUUACCUGACAGUGAGACCAUUCAGUCCUCUUCUCUUGCUGAUAUUGUCUGA